AUGACUACUCCAGUCCUCCCUACACCGCCAAUUCCACCAGAUCUGCUAAUUCUCCAUUCUACAGAUCCCCUAGCUCCCGUUUCCUCUCCUCUGCGUUAUAGAGACACUGUAAUAGUGGAUCUAGCUGGGUCUUCUCCGGUGGUUAACUCCGGUAAAAAGGAACUACCUCCGGCGGCUCCUUCAUCAAAAAAUGGCUCUAUCAAGAGCUCCUCCUCUCCUCCUUCAUCGAUUGUAGCUCCUACUGCUGAUGUCGGCCUUCCUGGAUAUGGGAAAACAGUUGAAUCGAGUGAGUCAGCCUCAGCGAAUCCUUCUUCCCUCUCAAAUUCUGCGGAUCUUCCGUCCAAGCCUUCUAAAGAAUUCAAUUGGGCAGCAGGCCUGAAAUCAUCUUGCAAAAUCCCGGAAUCUAACGUCGUAGUGACGACUACACCGGAAGGCGUGCCUAGGGUAAAGGUACCAAAUGCGGUCUUCAAAAGAGGCGCUAAAUUGCAUUCCGACUAUAUUGUCGGGAUUUUCUACGGAAAUCCUCCAUCUUAUGGAAAAAUAUGGGGAGUCCUAAACUACUUGUGGGGAAAGGACCGGAAGGUCACAAUUCAUAAUCUGACUCCAAAUGCUUUCUUGUUUCGAAUCCCAUCAGCUUCUUUGAGGAACAAAGUGCUCCAACAUGAACUCUGGAGAGUUGGUGAUUCUCCGUUUUUCGUGACCGAAUGGAAAGCGUCCUUCAGCCUUGAUCCGCCGUCACUUAAAAAGGCACCGAUUUGGGCAACCAUCACCAACAUCCCUUUUGAUCUGGUGACAGAUGAAGGUCUUAGUAUCAUUGCUAAACCUUUGGGAAAGAUAGUUGAUAAGAAACCUUUUACAAGCGUCAACUCAGCAGAGGUUAAAGUGAUUGUCGAUCUCACGUCUACUUUACCAACCACAACGGAGAUUGAGAGAGAUGAUGGUCAGAUUGUGGUGUUAUCUGUUACAUACCCCUGGCUCCCACCUCUGUGUUCGGUGUGUAAUGAAAUUGGACACAAAGCUCUUUUCUGUCCUGUUGUCAAAAAACCAAAAUCCGGGAAGGUGAAUUCUUUGAGCUCAGGUCAAUCUGUUCAGAAACCGUCGAGUUCAGGUAAAUCUGCUCAGAAACAAGAUCAUACCCCAAAUAUCCAAAACUCUGCUUCUUCAGGGUCCCAAGUCUGGGUAGAAAAACAAAAAUCUUCAUUGGGGAAUCAGGUUCGUCAUGAUGUUGUCUCUGGCGUCUCUCCUUCAAUGGAACCUCAACAGAACGAAGAGAUAGUUAAGGAGAAAGAAUGUGCUCAAUUGGAACCUCCAAACAAAGCUCCUCCGAAAGUGUUUGGGGACAAUUCAUAUCUGAAGGCGACAAAGGAGAAUUCAGUUGUGGCUUUCUCUGCAAAAGAAACUUUCUCUACGCAGACUCAGUUUCAGAUAGCAGUUAACACUACUCAACGCAAGAUUGUCCCUGCUACAAGCUCGGAAGCUUUGGUUUCCCCAAAUGCGUUUGAUUUGCUUGCGGUGGAAUCAGAGGAGGGUGAGGAAGACUCUGAGUACGAGGAUCCUUGA